GUAAGGAUGGUUCUUGCAACUUGAAAGUGCUCUAGACGCAUAGUCUCCUCACAAUUUGAGGAAACAUAGAUUGAAAAUGGGAGGUGGCUUGCCCAACUUCCUCUUGGUAUGGAUUCUAGUCCUGGCACUACUUUGCUAUUGUCACAAAAUAGGUCAGUUGAUCGACAAAGGAACAACUAGGCUCUUUGCUAUCCUCCCAGUCAUAUGCAUAUUUCUUGUCCUUCCUCUCUAUAUCUCUGUCUUCAAUCUUAGAGCUCUUUCUUCUUUCUUCCUCUCUUGGCUUGCAAACUUCAAGCUUCUUCUCUUUGCCUUAGACCAAGGCCCUUUAUCACCCCAGCCACCCCUCUCUUUGCCACAUUUUAUUGCCUUAGCUUGCCUUCCCAUCAAGAUUCAACAAAACCCUCCACCAAAUUUAUCUCCUCAUAGUCAAGAGCUUGUAAAUGUUAAUGAUAAUCAAGAUCUUGAGAAGCUUGUAAAUGUUGAAGACAACGAUACCCCAUCUCAAGAAGUCCCCAGAAAAGGCCUUAGCACACCUCUACAAUAUUUCAUAAAGUUUCUACUACUGGUCUUAUUUGGUUACAUGUACACCAAAGAAGAAUAUAUCCAUUCAAAAAUCAUAUUGCUAGUCUAUGUUAUCCACAUUUAUAUUGGUCUAGAAUUAAUCUUAGCCAUGGUUGGAGCCGUAGCUCGAGCCUUCCUUGGUAUAGAACUCGAGCCACAAUUUGAUGAGCCAUACCUAGCUAGCUCAUUGCAAGACUUUUGGGGCAAAAGAUGGAACCUGAUGGUGACUAGUGUCCUACACCCUGCGGUAUUCAAUCCUGUCAGGUCCCUUUUUAGCCGUUGUAUGACAAAAAAAUGGACCCUAUUACCAGCUGCGCUUGCAUCAUUUUUGGUUUCUGGCAUCAUGCACGAGCUGAUUUUCUAUCACAUUGGACGCCGAAAGCCAACUUGGGAGGUCACAUGCUUCUUUCUCUUGCAUGGUGUUUGCUUGACUAUUGAAAUUGUUAUCAAGAGGGAAUUAAACUGUUCAUGCGGAUUGCCUAGGGUGGUGGCAGCACCACUUGUGGUGGGGUUUGUGGUGGCUACUGCCAUGUGGUUGUUCAUGCCGACAGUGGUACGUUGCAAGAUUGAUGUUGAGGCAAGAAUGGAAAUAAUUGCUUUCAUUAAUUUUGUGAAAGGUGUAUACAUCUACUUGAAAAAUGUAUUGUGAAAAAUAAAUAAAUAUUUUAUAUUAGCUAAA